AUGGCGAGCAGGAGCCAGGACCAGAGCCUGCGGGAAGAUCUGACGUGUGCCAUCUGCUGCGAGCUCUUCAGCGAGCCUGUCAUGCUGGACUGCAUGCACCACUUCUGCAAGGCCUGCAUCCAGGGCUACUGGGAUUGCUGCGCCAGCAUCCCUUCCUGCCCCCAGUGCCGCCGCGAGUUCCCCAGCCAGACUUUCCGCACCCACUACCUGCUCUCGGGGCUGGUGGAGAAGGUGCGGCGCUGUGGUUCUGCGGAGCACCGGCACAAGAUGCAGAAGCGCCUGGAAGAUGCUUUGCAAGCUCGUCAGAAGGAGCUGGAGAACUUCUUGCGGAGGAAGUCUGUGAUGCAGGAAGAUAUCUGUGGCCUGACGAAGGUGUCUGGGGAGCUGAACUUAAAGAUCCAGGCGGAGUUUGCCCGCCUUCAUCAGAUCCUGGAGGAAGAGGAGAGAGCUGUGCUGGCAGAGCUGGGCCAAAAGGAAGAGCAGUCGCUGGCACGGCUGCACGGGGAUGUCCACCAGCUGGAGAAGGGGAUAUCAGUGCUGCAGAGGGACAUAGAGCACAUAGAGCAGACCCUGAGCAAGAUGGAAGAGGUGUCAUUGCUGGAGGUGGAGAGCCUGGAUAUCAGGCCCGCGCUGCGCAUGGAUACCCAGCCUGCCUUAGACCUGCAGCACUACAGGGACAGCCACAGCGGCCCCUUGCAGUACAUCUUCUGGAGACGGAUGCUGCGGUACAUCCACCCCGCUCCAGCCCCGCUCACCUUUGACCCUGAGUCAGCCCACCCCAACCUGGUCUUCUCCAGAGACCUGACAGCAGUGACAGAGAGGAAUCAAGCCCUGCCCGUCCCCAGCAGCCCCCGGCGCUUCCGUCAGUGCGUCAACGUCCUGGGCUCGCAGAUCUUUGAGAGUGGCCAGCACUACUGGGAGGUCUGGGUGGGCAGCAAAACCAAGUGGGAUCUGGGGGUGGCCGCUGAGACUGUGGAUCGGGCAGCAAAGGUCAAGCUGUGCCCAGAGAAUGGCUACUGGACGCUUCGCCUGCGGAACAGGACGGAGUACUGGGCCACUGCUACCCCCUGGGUGCGCCUGACUCCCCACCGGCACCCCCGGAAAGUGGGGGUCUUCCUGGAUUGCCAGGAGGGCACUGUCACCUUCUUCAACGCCGGAGACAUGUCGCACCUCUUCACCUUCCACCAGGUCUCUGCAGAGAGAUACUGCCCCUUCUUCAGCACCUGCUUCAGCGACGGGAGGAUCAACGUGGAGCCCAUGCGCCUCUGCCACCUGGCCCUGUGA